AUGGCACUAUAUUGCCCUCUCAUGCUGCUCUCUGCUCUGCUUAUCCCGCGCUUGCUGCUUGUUGUCUCUGUUACAAAUGAAAUGCAGGUGUUUGAUUCAUCACUUGGAUAUUUAUUCUCGGAACAUGACAGCUCGGAACAUGACAGCUCGGGACAUGACAGCUCGGAACAUGACAGCUCGGAACAUGACAGCUCAGAACAUGACAGCUCGGAACAUGACAGCUCGGGACAUGACAGCUCAGAACAUGACAGCUCGGAACAUGACAGCUCGGAACAUGACAGCUCGGAACAUGACAGCUCGGAACAUGACAGCUCGGAACAUGACAGCUCGGAACAUGACAGCUCGGAACAUGACAGCUCGGAACAUGACAGCUCGGAACAUGACAGCUCGGAACAUGACAGCUCGGGACAUGACAGCUCGGAACAUGACAGCUCGGAACAUGACAGCUCGGAACAUGACAGCUCGGAACAUGACAGCUCGGAACAUGACAGCUCGGAACAUGACAGCUCGGAACAUGACAGCUCGGAAAAUGACAGCUCGGAACAUGACAGCUCGGAACAUGACAGCUCGGAACAUGACAGCUCGGAAAAUGACAGCUCGGAACAUGACAGCUCGGAAAAUGACAGCUCGGAACAUGACAGCUUCGCAUCAACUGAAACAGUCUAG